AUGAGUUUUUUGGAUGAUAGUGAUGACGAGAGUGUUGUGUCUUCGUCUGCUUACGGAAAUCCACUCGCUUCGGCAACCGGAAGUCGUUUAGGUUCUCUCUUUGGAGGAUCAGGAGACGAUCAAGGUGAAGCUGAUUUCAAAUUCAAACCAAAUACUCAGCAGCAACAACCAUCUACUUCACUUCAACGAAAACUUUCCAGUUCAUCCAUCAGCUCAACAAAUUCCUCGUCAAAUGGUUCUGUUGGAACCAAUUCAACAGCUAAUUCUCAAAAUGUUGUCCAAAUGGCAGUACCAAAUAAGACUCGAGGUGAGAAUGGAUCUGUAAUGCAUGCUAUGGUGGUUCAAUUGUUUUCAUUCUCUAAUGAAGUACGACAAUAUCAACCUUUGGGCAGUGUAGGUGCUGCAAUUCUUAACAAUUUUCCAAUACCAAGUUUGAUCUUUUAUAGAAAUCCUCAAGAUAUUAUUAUUCAAUUACCAAUUACUUCACAACACACACUUUUCACAUUGCAACAAGGUCAAUCGACAUUUGCAUCGUUGCAUGAUUUGCACAGUAAUAGAAUAUUUUCAAUUGGAUUCCAAAAUGCAAAUGAUGCUAUUCUAUUCGCCAAAAUAAUUUGUAUUGCCAAGUUUAUGGGUCAACCUAAUAUGGAGGUAUCCACAGUCAAUCUUAAUGAAAUGGCUAACACUCUUGGAAACACUGACUCAUCGACUCCAGUAUGCAAGGAGGGAUAUAGAGUUUCUGUGAAAUAUUCUGGAUGGCUUGUUGACAAUGAUGCAAAGAAAGGCCUCGUCAUUGGCAAACUUUUCGACACCAAUGAAAACUCAGCUAAUUUAUUUUCGUUCAAAUUUGGAGAAUCAGAAGUUAUUCGUGGUUGGGAACAAGCAUUGAAAGGUGUUCGUGUUGGAGGUCGUAGAUUCUGUGUCAUUCCUGCUCAUUUAGCAUACGGAGAACGCGGAGUUGUAAAUGUUAUUCCUCCCAAUAGUAUUCUAUGUUUCCAAAUUGAGGUUGUGAAAAUGAAAAAGUUGAAGAGUGCAUCAUCCACAGUGAUGCCACCACAAAAUACUGUACCGGUUGUGACAUCUCCUGUGAAUAUGCAACCCACAACUGUGACACCUACCGUUGUCGCAAAUCCAAUGGUCGUUCAACAACAGCCAACCACUCAACCAGAAAAUGACUUGAAGUCUAGAAUGGCGAAGCUUGGAGCUCAUUCCUAUGGAGUUGUGUUAACUCAACAGCAACCUGUACAGCAACCACUUCAACAACAAUCUGUGCAGCAACCACUACAACAACAACCCAUCACAACCCCAACUGAGCAACAGCAAAAUGUGGCCAUUCAACAACAACCAAUCACAACCCAACAAGCAGAAACUGUUUCCACAAGUGUAGUUGUGAACUCGAGCGUUAAUGCUAAUAGCACCACUAAUGCAACCAUUAACACAGUGACGACCAGUAAUGUGAAUGCUGUCGAUAAUAACAAUACUUUAACACCGUCUCCAUCGAACAAUGUUUCCACAGUAGCUUCACCUGUGACAGCAGCGACUACAAGCAAUGCUGAAAUUGAAGCUCUCAAACAACAACUCUUGACUCUUCAAUCUCUCAUUACAUCACAAAAUAAUACAUCCUCUCAGACAGCUAUUGAAAAGAAUUCUCAAGUUUCUACACCAACUAUUAACACUGAAGUUAAGAAGCCUGCCAGCACAAGCAAUGCUGCCACAACUACCACCAUUACUUCUACCUCUGGUAAUACCAAUCAAUGGAUUGAUGAUGUUUCCGUUCUUUUGACAAGACUCGACAAAAUUGAGAAAACGAUUGAUAACAUGUCUUUCACUCAGCUCAUUAGAAAUGCAGUCAAGUUUGGAAGCGAUUUGGACGGAGAAAGUGUUGAGGAUGAAGAAAAAGAAGAUCAAGAUGCUGAAAAGGAAAUUUCUACUCAUGGCUAUCAAUUGAGAAAGUUCAAGAAAUCUCACAUUUUCAUGUCAGGCCCUCUUCUUAUUGAAAAUAUUCAACAUUUAUUAGCCACCAACAUGAAGCUCGAAGCAGAUCUUCAAAAGGAGAGAGAACAAGUCGAUUCAUUGAUUGAGAAAAUUUCCCAACUCCGCAAAAAACAAGAAAAGUAUGCUCAACAACAGUUGGAACUCACUCAUUUGAGUCUUGAAAGCAAUAACUUGUCAGAGAAGGGCAUGUAUGAAGAAGAACUGCAAAAACUCAAUGAAACCAUUACAACUCUGCGUAAGCAGCUUGCAGAACAAAAGAGAAAAACAUCUCGCGCUCAAGAGCAAGUUCAAUCCGAGAAGGAGACGAUCGAAAAUUUGCAAACUGAAGUAGAAGUUCUCAAAAAGGAGAUUGAAGAAAUCAAUGCAGAGAAUAAGAAGAAGAAGAUCAAAUUAGAGAGUGAUCACAAGGAAAGGAUUGCUACCUUGGAGGAAGAAUUCAAUGAAAAGAUUCAACGACUCGAAAAUGAACACAAUUUGGCCAUCCAAAAACUCAAGAGAGAUCAAAAAAUAGAAAUUGAAAGAAUUCGAGCUGAGCACAAUGAAUCCAUGGAAAAGAGUUUGAAAAACUCAGAAUCUGGAGCAGAAAUGCUUCGUGAAAGCAUUGAAAAAUCAUGGAAAGAAAAGUUGAGAAAUUUGGAAGAACAAAGCUCAGAAGAAAUUUCCAAUCUCACACAACACGUGAACAAACUUAAGGAAGCUGUCACUACUCAAGCUUCAAAGAUUACAGAACUCAACGAAGAGCUAGAAGCUAAAAAUCAAGAAAUCUCCGAUUUGGAAGAACAAAAUACUGCCAAUCUCAAGAAACUUCGUGAGAAAUUCUUGGAAGCCUUGGAUAAUAAGGCAGAGAAUGUGAGAACUCUUUUCACAAGUAUAUUCAGAACUCUUGUAAACAAAAUUUAUCACACCUUUAUGCAAGGAAUUUCUGGAAAGAAACUUUCACCUGCUGCCACAUCAAGCUUUUUGGGCACCAUUGUGAAAAAGUUCAGCUUGAAGGCCAUUCAAUUAAUAUCUGAGGAAUUCAGUGGCGUUAAAUUGUUGAAUUUCGAUCCAAAUAUUUAUAUCGAUUAUGAUCCAGAAGAAGAAAAUGAAGAGGAAAUGGAUGAAGUCAUCCUUCGACGUCGAACACUUUUAACUUUGGACCUGAAUGAAGAUGAACUCGAAGAUUUACAAUUCGAAGACGAAGAAGAGACUGAACAAGUAGCUCAACAAACACUACCACCACUCAAUAGGGAAGAAUUGGAACAAAACAUUCGUGAACAAUUAUCGGAAGAAUUUAAAGAAAAAAUUCAAGCAUUAGAACAAACACUUUUUGCAAAGCAGAAGGAAUUGAAUGUUCUUUAUGAAAAGCAGCAAGAAGAGGGAAGAAAGGUUACUGAAAAUUCUACUACUGCUGAUGAGGAAAUAGAGGAGAAUAUUCGGAAACGAGUGGAAGAGGAAUGGAAAGAGCGUUACGAUGUGUUGAGCCGAGAAUUGGAAUUGUUGAAGAAGAAGAGCAAUGAUAAGGCUAUGAUGACUCAGAGUUGUGAGGUGCAGCAUGAUCAACACGAUCAUCAUGAUUCAGAAAAGAAAGAAGAAGAAACCUACCCGGAAGAAUUUAUGCCAACAAGAGAAGACAUUGUAACAACAACAACAACAACUGAAGAGGAAACACAACCACAACAACCAGAAGAAGAAGAGGAGGAGGCGCAACCUCCAAGAGCCUCCUCCACACUCGUGGAACCAGAGGAUGAAGAUUCUGCGCUAAGUGCUAGCACACCUGUGGUGGAUGUUGCUGAUGAAGAAGCAAACUCAGAAGAAGCAAUGAAAUCAAACACUGAACAGCAAGAAUCACCUGAAGAACAACAAGUGCAGCAUGCCUUACAAGAUGGAAAUCAUGACACUCUUGAAAGUCAAGAAGAACAGCACGAGGAGGCACGUGAGAAGGAUUUACAUGAAGAGGCUGCUUCUACUCCCGAAGAAAAUCAUACUGCCUCAAGCAAUAGUGUGACACUCACUCUGCCACAAGAGACAGAAGUUAGUAUUACUUCAGGUAAGGAUGAAAGAGAAGACGACUUGCAAUAUGUUCAGUCGAAUGGUCAUCAAGAGGUGUUCGAAGAAGCGCCACAAGUUUUCACAGACACACCUUCGCUCAUUCCUUCUGAGGAGCAAGAUGGAAAAGCUUCACAGGAAACCAAUGCUGAGAGAACAACUGAACAAGUCACUCCUCCAACACAAAUUCAAUCCAACAUUUCCCCUUCUUCGACACUGGUUCAACCAUCACCAGAACAGUCUUCAAAGAAGUCACCCAUCAUGUCUGUAUUCGAUGAAGAAAGCGAUGCUAGCCAAAUAGAUCCUUGGCUGCAAACAACAGCGACUGCUGUUCAGAAAACAAGCACACCCACCAAGUUCUUGUUUGAAUCUGACGACGAAGAAGACGAAAAAGCAAAAAAGCAACGAGAGGCAGAGCUUCAGAAAAAGAAAAAGGCAACCACCUCGAAAUUAUUUGAUGAUGUCGACGAUGAUUUCUUUUAA